AUGGUUCCCCAACAAUCGAAGAAGCGCCUGGUGGUAUGCUGUGACGGGACGUGGAAUGACAGUGUCAGUACCGACAAUCCGCUAACGAACGUUUCGCGUCUGUCCCGCUGCGUUGAGGAGAUCGCGGAAGAUGGAAUCCUCCAAGUUGUCUACUAUCACACUGGCGUUGGAUCUGGGACUUCCAAGCUGAGUAACAGCGUCGAUGGAGCCACAGGUCGCGGGCUUUCAGCAAAUAUUCGCGACGCUUACAGCUUCAUCUGUAAUAACUACAAUUUCAAAGACGGCAAUGACGAGAUCUUCCUUGUUGGGUUUUCCAGAGGUGCCUUUACCGUGCGCUGCAUUGCUUCCCUCAUUGAGGACAUCGGCUUGCUCACCAAACGCGGGCUAGCGAAUCUCCACGCUUUAUACGACUCUUGGAAUUCUAAAAGUAAGGACGCUAUCCAGUUGGAGCUCGAAACAGGCCAACUUGAGAGGAAAGGGGUCUUGAAAAGACACAUCCAAAUCGAAGCAUGUGCCGUUUGGGAUACCGUUAGUGCUCUUGGUGUUCCCAUUCCUUUUGGACUUCCGCAACCAGCGUCAAAGAAACUCGCUUUUGUGGAUACCAAGAUCCCAAAGGUGGUGAGGAACGCUUUCCAUGCUUUGGCCUUGCACGAGCGUAGGAAGCAUUUCGAGCCACUCCUUUGGGAUCAUCCGAGGGAACAAAACGUCAAUUUCCGACAGUGUUGGUUCUUCGGUUCACAUAGUGAUGUAGGUGGGGGUUAUGAAGAUGCUGGACUAGCCAAUCUUACAUUGAUAUGGAUGAUCGCUCAGUUCCAGACAUUCACCACCCUAUGCUUUAGCAUGGAAACAUUGCUCCAUUUUUUGGCCCCAGAUCAACAGAUUGAACAGGAAAAGAGUUGGAGUUUUGGUUCACAUACAUCAUAUGAGUGGGAACGGUCCUAUUCAACCAUCCGCAGUAAAAUAGAUGAAGGUGCGUUGCAUCUCUCACAUGGACAUGCUUUCUUAUCUAGUUUCUAG